GCUGCCCUCCGACGGCCUUAUGGGUCUUGGUUACGGAAGCCGGGGAGGGCUGAGCGCAGGGUCUACCUGGAGGAAGUUAGCGGCGGAAAGCGGAUAGUGGUGUAGAAAAGGUAUCUCAGGCCUAAUGGCGACCGUGGAAGCGAGCGGCAGCGAUGGGAAAGGGCAAGGGGUGGAGACCCCCGUCACCUAUUACCGUUUGGAGGAGGUAGCGAAGCGCAACACCUCGAAGGAGAUAUGGCUGGUGAUCCACGGGCGAGUCUACGAUGUCACCCGCUUCCUUAACGAGCAUCCUGGCGGAGAAGAGGUUCUGCUGGAACAAGCUGGUGCAGAUGCCAGUGAAAGCUUCGAAGAUGUAGGCCACUCCUCUGAUGCUAGAGAAAUGCUAAAGCAGUACUAUAUCGGUGAUGUGCAUCCGAAUGACCUUAAACCUGAAAGUGGUAGCAAGGACCCUUCAAAAAAUGACACAUGCAGAAGUUGCUGGUCAUACUGGAUUUUCCCCAUCAUAGGCGCCAUUCUCUUAGGUUUUCUGUACCGUUACUACUACCCAUCAGAAAGCAAAUCCUCCUGAGGAGGCCUUGUCGAAGUCUGGAAAGCAGAUCCACUUGGGAGUGGAAGCUAGAGACUUACUUGGAGGCUGCAGCGGUGCCCUGUUCUGAAAUCCUUCCAGUUGUAUUCUUCCCGCUUGGAGCCUAGACUGUUGGCUGCGCAUCCGCCUCAGAGCUGGGGACUGUGUCCUUCUUUCUCAGAGCCUUACUCCUGAAGCACUUGCUCCUUGUUCGGGGUCCUGGCCAACGUUUCCUGUCUUCACCGGUUUUCACGAGCAUCUUUAUAUUUCAAAGUUUUCUGUUAAUAACUGCAGUCCAUGUGCCCUAACAACAUUGCCCUUUGAUAAAAAUGCCUGCUUUCCAGUACUUUGCACAUUAGAUAUUCUUAACACAGCAGUAUACUCUACUUUUGAAGCUUUUCUUUUUCCAUUUUUCUUUUAAGUAAAUAUUGUUAUUUUAAAAUUUGGCUUUAUUUCGUUGUUUGUCAAAAGGGAUUUAAUUCAUGAAGUAAGUUGUGCAUUUAUAACUAAAAACACAGCUGCCAAAGGACCUUGGUCCUUGUUUAUAUUUGUUAAAACUAAAAAGAGCCAUGUGAUCAUCUCCCUCCCUCCCGAGCUAAUGUAGCAGGUAGCUCUUGCCACCACCUUGUCCACUACGUGGUGCUGAACAGAAUUAUGCUUUCUUCCCUUUCAUUUCUUGGAGUGGAGAGAAACAGGGAAAGGGAGGAGAUGGAUUGGAGUGAUAGGGCGAAUUCAUAGCAAUCUUCCCUCUGAAAAAUAUUGAAAAACGCUACUGUAGGACAGGAGUUGAGAAAAAGCACCAGACUUCAUCCUUUACUUUGGUUUGGCACCAGUUUCUAGCCACCUUUCUUAUUUUUCCUUUCCCUCAACCAUUUUUAUUGGUAAAAUAUAAAUUUGUAAUUAUCUAUAUAGAGCUUUACCAGGGAUUUUUACUGCUUUUUGGUUUAUUGAUUAGCAAAUUUUUUAUUUCCUGUUUUAAUGAAAGUAAGAGACUCCAAAUUGAUCAAAGGUACAGUAUUUGAUCUUCUGUUUGCCCAGUGAAAUAACGUCCAUAGUCCAGUGGCAGUUGAAAGGGGAAGAUGGUGACAAAAGAAUGUUUUCCAUUUCAUCUGCAUUUUACCUCCAUGGCUGCAAUUUGUGGUUUUGUUGUUUUUCCAUUGAGAAUUUAAAAACUGGUAGGCUUUUUUUUUUUACUCAGAUGAGUGUUUCAUGAAGAGUAGAUUAUUACUGAGAAUUAUGUUAUUGUUUCUCUUUGGCUCAGGAAUUUCUUUGGCAUAUUUGCCUUUACAUUUCCCCCCUGUGGAAACACCUGAGGAGACAGCACACUGUUUUCUGCCAGCCACUGCUUGUGAUUUUUCUCCCCAUCUUUUGAGGAUUACCCGUCUGCUGCUGAGCCAUUGUCAUAUGCAGCAGGAGCAGCGCAGUUCAAGAAGAACCAUGGGCACUGCUUGGUACCUCCUCCUGCUUCCUGCUUGCCAGGGAUUUGACAAGACAGGAAACUGCCCAGCAUAGUGUCUGCCCAUGCAAACUAUUUAAGAAAAAGUUCAACCCAGGUCUUGUAUCCUGUGAUUUAGCAAUUGACUGAAUCAGAAUUCAUCAAAAUAAUAUUACCCAAUUUUGCACAGUUGGAUAUGACACUAUGGAGUAAUGUCUUGGGAUUUCUGGCUGACUUUUAUAUAUCUUUUAUGAUAUAGUCAAGCUUCUUUCGUUAGAAAAUGUUUUAUAUGUAUUAUAGAUGCCUCUUUAAGACAAUUUAUUGAAAAAAAUAUUUAUUAAGUAGCAAAAGUGUUGGAACUACUGAUGCUCCUUCAUUUGAAGGCAAGGAAGGGUUGCCUUGAAUUGGUAUAUAAUUGGUAUAAGUUGGAUGAUUGCACAGGACCACAUUGGGGUAGAAGUAAAGAACAAAGGAGUAUUGAGGAGUUGGAAAGGGAACAUUCAAGCUAAAACUAAGCCGGAAGAUAACUUGGAUCAAUCAAAAGUGUGUUGGCAGUCUCCAAAAGUGAAUGAAAAACAUCUGGCUUAUAAGAAACAUUAAAAAAAUGAUAGUCUUAAGAAAAUUGAUGUUUUUUAUAUCUUUAGGGUACACACCAAUGCAAAAGGUAUGUUUUUCUAUUUCAUAUUAGUUGUCUUUUCCUAUUUAUAUCUGGACUCGGAGCCAGAGGAAAAGAUUUUCAGACUUUGUCUCUACCAUCUAUAAAAUUCAUCCAAUACCCAGGACUGCUUUUGAACUGCUAAUGUGAUGUCACUUUAUAUUAUAAAAAACACACUUUUGGGUCCAUUUACUAUUCUUCUUCUGCUUACAUAAACAGCCGAGGUGAAAGGUAGAAUUUGUGUGAGAGUUUGCAGAGGUUUUUCUAAACAAUAAAGUAAUACAGUGUGUUAGCCAAAUCCAUCAAAAAGGACUUGUUUUAAGAGGUAGACUCGAAUUCUCGAAACAGUCUCAACAUUGGUAGGUCAUGAAAACCCCUCUGGAGCAAGUGGGGCCUGCCCUUUUGGCUGGCCGUGCCCCCUGGAACUGGUCUCGGGGGUUUGGUUGUUUAUUCCCAAGGACGAUUAGCUGCAGCUGCGUACCAUACUGUACACAUAAUGGCUGGGGAUCACAAAAAGCAGAUGAGGGAAAAAUUGUGCCACCAAAAGAGGGAUGUCCCAGGUCUCCAAAAUUUCCUGCCCCCCCCGACUCUUUAAGAAUUUUGGUUUCCACAUAACUUCUACAUUUGUAAAGACAAGAAGUAUUGUGUUUAAUUCUUAAGUGAAUACUUAAGCAGAAACAAAAAUCCAUUAGAACCUAUAAUUUGAAUCUAUAAAGUUCUCUGAGCAGUCAUAAAUGCAUAUGUUGUGAAAGAAGAGCAUUGUUGAUUUUAUAGUCAUUUAGUUCUGAUGGGGAGCAAUGAAAAAUGCUUUUUACAGGCCAGGUAUAACAUUACCCAUGGUAUCUUGUGCUUAAAAUCUCAAGUGAUAGCUAUCUGGUUAAAUUCCAUUUUAGGAGGUUAAAAUGCAGAAUGUUAAUGUUUAUUACUUCCUUCCCCAGGAGAAAUGGGUCCAGACAUGUCUUGUCUCAGCGAGAAAUUGAUUCCUUUUAAAUCCUCUCAUUCAGUUGCCAAAUAUCACAAAAGUAAUGGGGAGUUUGGUCACAUUGGGCUGUUGUGCUCUGAAAGAGCCCGGUUUGGAAUUUGGGGUGAUCUCAGAGGGAAGUUCCAAGAAGCAGAGUGGUAUUGAAGUCACCUCCCCUACAUCUAGCCUCUCACUCCUGAGUUUUAGGAGCUGCUCUUUGCCUGCAUCUAUAGUCUACGUUUGCUAUUUUGACAAAACAUUGUUAACGAUUAUUUUACUUCCUUUUUAUUUCACCCUCGACUGUGAACGAGUAAUAUUUAACAUUCCUUUUGUGUAUUCAAUAAUGGAGUUUGUUUACCUAUUUUAUUUCAACAUAUUUUGAACAAAGAUCUUUGUCUUUCUCUGCUGGAAUGUGCACACAGUGAAUGUUUGUUAGAACUACACACAAUAAAGAUACUGUUUGCCUUUUCUU